AUGGAUCCUCGAGGGUAUAACCUGAAGAGGCGAAGGCCCUACACUUUGGAGGAGUCGCCCAGUGAGCCAGUGCUCCAUGGGUCAGUCCCCAGUGUUGCGUCCUCGGCUGUUGAUAUUGCUCAAUUCUCCCCAACAAACGACUUCAUAUUACAACAAGCUGCAUCUGUGUUGAACGUCCCGGUCGAAAGACUGUUGAAUUUCUCGCGAUACCAAGAACGGGAUUUCAUCCUAGGACAAGCUGCUCGAACACUUCACGUAUCUGUGGACAGCCUCCUCGACUUCAGUCGUCAACAGCACCAAGCACAGGGUAGCAAAAGGCUUCGCUUGGAUGCAGAUCUCGCCAUGUCUUCACAAUUUCCCAACACCGUCGCAAUCCCAGAUAGGAGCGAGAAGGCCUUGGCUCACCAGCACCGUCACACCAUCAAUGAUCCCGUGCGUCGUCCACAGCCCGAGCUCCCACAAGCCCAGACCUCCUCGUUCAUGGGCUGGACGAAUUCCAACCUCGGGUCUCAGCUAGGCUCUCAACUUGCGGAUUGUUUUGCUAGUUUUUCAGUUUGCCAACCAACAUCAACGUAUGAACCUCAACCAACGUGUCCCACCACUGCACCAAUGCCGCCGUACGGGUAUUCCGACAACAAGGCAUACGCCGACGGCAGUGGCCCGGCCAUUCAGCGGCAGAGUUCCAGCCUCCCGAAUGUCUCUUCAGAACAGACAGGGAGUGUGAACCUGUUUGUUGAUACAAACCCCGGGUUCCCUAGCCCUUACUUGCCCAAUUAUCCAUCAUUACAGCCGUCCCGCAGCUCCAAAGCCCAACCGACAACAAGCAGGGAGGCCAUGUGUUACCCUGAGAACCCACAAGUUGCACCCUGUUUCGAAUCGGGCACAGGACAAGCCGCGAAGACCGCAGCCCUUUCACACGGUCCAAAGUUGGCGAGCCAUGACGGUUACGCAGCAGGCAUAAUGACGCUUAGGGACACUCCAGGGUUCACCCGACAAGCGGUUGCCAGCAGUCUAUUGUCAUCCUAUAGUCAGGCCCCCAGCUGCAGCCGAUCUGACUCCCUGAGCGUCGCUGAUCCGCCUCAACUGCACUUGCAAGCGAAUACCACCAAUCCAGAGUUCGUCUUCCCCAACCAGCGUCCACCAGCCGCCAAACGUGGGCCUUUCAAGGAUCGUAUAGAGCGACAGAAGACGGCGAACACGAGGAAAAUCGGAAGUUGUAUCAGAUGUAGGAUGCAACGCAUACGGUGCAACGCCGAUCCCGAAGACGAGAAGGGAACUUGUCUCACAUGUCAGAAAGUAUCGGCGAGCAAAAUAUGGCGGCUGCCCUGUCUUCGACUGAAGAUCAAUGACGUUCUCCUUUCCAAGCCUGGCCAGGUUCAAGGUCACGAGUGGACGCUUCGGUGGAAAGAGAACCACAUGUUUGACGAGAUCGAGAACUGGGCGUCGCCAGACAUCAAGAUCAUUCAUGUGUCUGAGGGAUAUACAGCCAGCUCCGUCGAAUUACGUGUACGUGAGUUCGUCCCUCAGGAAGGCGAUAGGCUCCAACGUUCAUGGGUCACGGAGACGGGAGAGACCAGGUGUGUUGAAAUCCCGCCCUAUGCGCUGGUGGACUUGGACAAGGCCAGAACUGCAUACAGCGAGUACAUAAAGACUGGCUUGGUGGAAUGCUGCAAAAAGAUCCUGGGACCUCGGGAGAAGUUGCUUUGGCAGACGUACGGCAUGGCGUUGAGGCUGGCAACCGAUCCUAAAUCGUCCCCUCAGGAAAGGAAUCUGUUGACAUCCACGCUGGACUUGUGGAUGUCGAUCCGCCUCACUACCAAAUCCUUCGAGAUCGUUGGGAGUGAAAGGCUGGGCAUGCCCGAGAAUCUCAUGGACGAGAGCAGUCCACUCCCAGGGAAGACCCCACUUCCGCCGGUAAUGGGUGCACAGCUCGACAUGAUCCUGAUCCACCAGAUCCAAACCAAGCUACGGCAAGAAACUCUCGAAAUGCUGCAAAAGAUGACCCAAGAGAACAAGCAGAGAACAUGGCUCACGACGUACCUGGUCACCUUCAUACUGCUGCACAACAUAGCUCUUGUCAUUAAGCAUGAUGCUAGCUAUGCACGAAAGCAUGGCCUCAAAAGGCGCUUUGCGCGGGAGGACAGAGUGAAGCAGUACUACCUAGGUGAGCUCGCUAGCCCUCUGAAGCCGGCAACGAUGUCAGCCUGCGUGAAGGCCCCUGGUCAUGCUUUGCUUACAAUCCAUGCAGGCGCGACAACUCUGUUGGCAUAUUUCCACUACUGCAACAAGGGCGUCUUCCCCUUCUCUACAACCUGCAAGCCAGUGGAUCUUCGAAACCUCGCGGAACUGGAUGAUUCGGCCGUCCAAUUUGUUCAUUACACUCGGCGGUAUGCCGCGGAUCACAGUAAGACACCCCCGUGGUUCAUAUGUGCAAUCCACACCUUCACGCAUGUCCCUUGUCCGGCCCUGAUGACCAGGCUCGGGGCCUAUACCUUAUUCCAACACCCCUCUCACCCCUCCCCUACUGUACUGUACCCCUUUGAGAAGGGCUGCAGGGAACGUCGUCUUCUUGCGUAUCGAACACAGCUGACAUGGCCUCGUGCGCCCUUCUCUGCAGGAAAACAAUGGGCAGAUGUGUGGGCACUCAAGGAUUGCGAGAACGACUAUUACUUUGUCAGUCAGCUUUUCGAGCAGAACUGGCUACCCCGGACGAUGGAUUAA